AUGCCGAAAAAUCGCCCAGCCACCUCAGGCUAUGCUCGUCUCGCUCAGGAGGAGGAAGAACGAGGCUACCUUCACGAUGACUCCGAAGAUGACGAAAUCGCCGCGGUUUCUUCAACCGUCUCGACCUCCGCUCCUCGCUAUGCCCCGAUUUCCUCUCGAGCCCAGAUGCAGGCGUCCGGUCUCGACACACCUCCCAGCCAUCGACGCCGGCAUAGUGGCUUCUCGCGACGCGGGCGACGGAAUUCCGGCGUCGACAUCAAGGCCAUCAAUGCGCGUCUCGAGCGAUGGGCCGAGGAGAUCGCCAACAAGUUCAAGUUGAAUCGGGUCAAGGGCAAGACAUACGAGGAAGAAAAAUUGGAAAUCUACCACUCUGUCUUCCAGGCACCCGAUGGCGUUCGCCCCGUGACGAUAGAGCAACUCGAAUCGGAUGAAUUCGAGGGUCAGCAGCGGAGACAACGCGCCGAGUUCGAAGAGAUCAUCGAGAGCGUUCGUCUUGCUAUCGAAUUGGAUGUUCAACCGCGCAUGAUUUCACAGGGAAGUUCAGGCAGUUACUUUGCUCGCAAUCCGGAAGGAAAAGUGGUCGGUGUGUUCAAACCCAAGGACGAAGAACCGUACGCCUCUCGAAACCCCAAAUGGACAAAGUGGAUUCAUCGGAACUUGUUCCCUUGUUUCUUCGGCCGCGCUUGUCUUAUUCCCAACCUUUCCUACGUCUCUGAAGCCGCCGCAUACGUUCUCGAUGCCCGUCUCCGCACCAACAUGGUGCCUUAUACCGACAUUGUCCGACUGUCUUCGAAAUCAUUCUUCUACGAUUUCUGGGACCGGCGCAAGGCGUGGAAAGGGAAGAAGACUUUGCCCCCGAAGGCUGGUAGCUUCCAGGUCUUCUUGAAGGGUUACAAAGAUGCCAACAUUUUCCUCCGGGAGCACCCAUGGCCAGAUCAGGCAAACCCAGGGCUUCGUCCUGAGGAUGCCCCGAGACGCAAGAGGCGGCCAUGGAACGAGGCAUGCCGCCCAUCUGGAGCGCAAUCCGACGACGAAGACGACGAAGACCAUGGCCAAAUGCCAUCUCCAAACCCACGCGACGAAAGCGCCGAGCGGCGAUUCCACUGGACUGAAAACCUCAAGCAGUCGUUCCGAGAAGAGCUGGAGAAACUGGUCAUCCUGGAUUAUAUCAUGCGCAACACAGAUCGUGGGCUGGAUAACUGGAUGGUCAAGAUUGACUGGGGUAACGAGCAGGUGUCGCUUGUCGCAGACCCCCCAAAGCCCAAUGACAAGCCCACAGGGACGACGCAUGACGAGGAUGAGCUCAUGCCUCCCCCUCGCCCGGUGUCUGUGAACUCGAACGGCUCCCAUCCUUAUAGACGCCACGAAACUAUGAUGGCUGUGAGCCGUACAGGAACUCCCUUGGCCACGUCCGAGCAGUCUGCUUCGGUUCAGGUCGGUGCCAUUGAUAACAGUCUUUCAUGGCCAUGGAAGCACCCCGAUGCUUGGCGAAGUUUCCCCUUCGGAUGGCUCUUUUUGCCUGUUUCCCUAAUCGGUCAACCGUUCUCCCAAAAGACUCGCGAUCAUUUCCUUCCCUUAUUGACAUCGACCGCGUGGUGGGGUGGCACACAAAUGGCCUUGCGCCAGGUCUUUUCCCAAGAUGACGACUUUAAAGAAAGCAUGUUUGCCCGACAAAUCGCAGUCAUGAAAGGUCAGGCCUGGAAUGUUGUGGAGACACUGAAGCAACCAGACCACGGCCCACUCGAAUUGACUCGCCGAACCCGCGUCUGUGUAUGGGACGACUUGGUGGACGUGCCCGUCGCCAUCCCCAUGAAAGCUCCAUCAGCCGACCAAAGAAACCAAGCCAUGAAUUAUGAUGACGACGAAGAAGAAAUGGAUAUUGGCGCGGCCAAUUCUUCCCAAGACGUUGCCCACGAUCUUUUGGGUCUUGACUCGUCUCCGGGCGACCUCCCCAAUCCCAACCGGUUCGAGCUCUCCCGCGGCCGUUCUGAUGGAGAUGGACAUCGAGCCACUGACUCGAUUGGUAGUGGCCCUGAACUGUUCAACGAUGACGAUAUCCCCGAAAAACCACCAAUGGCACAUACGCAAGGUCUCUGGAUGGUGGAUGGCCGUCUCUUCCCGCUCGACCCAAUAGACACCAUAAACAAGGCGGCUCGGUCUCUUUCCGCAUGCCCCAUGUCAACACUUUCGGAAGCGACGACCUCGAAGGGGACCUUGGGUAUGCCGCUGCCGAAGACAUGGAGGGUAAUCAGCGCAAGGUCAUCGUGGAGCGCUUGGAAGCAGUGA